UCCUCAUUGACAGAUAUACGUCGAGCACACUUGCACUCAGUAAGGUUUUGUUUCGUAACCACUCAGCCUGCCACCAGUGUUGUCUUCUAGGUUCAGAGCAGUUUUUCUGAGGAACCUACUAAGACUAAACGAAUGGAGUUAUCAAACAGGAUGACACCAUUGCUGUUUAAAGAUGCCUUUUGGGGGAGGGACUUCAUCAGCCGAGAAGGAUACGACACGCUGAUAGACCGACUGAAAGAUGGGAGACAGAUAUGUAAAGAUGUGCAGGAGCUCAUUAAGAUGAGGGCCCAAGCGGAGGAGCAGUAUGGGAAGGAGCUGGUGCUGAUAGCCCACAAGGCCAGGGGGCUUAAGGAGAUCGGUACCCUGAGAGCGUCCUUUGAUCAACUUAAAGCACAUAUUGAGAAUAUUGGGAAUUUUCACAUCCAUCUGUCUAAUGUUUUGGAAGAGGAGGUGAAAAGGAUUGAGAUAUUCCAAGAGAAGCAAAAGGCACAGAGGAAAAAGUUUGAGUCAAUCAUGGAGAAGCUAAUGAAGACUAAGAGUUCUUGGUAUAAGAAGACAAUGGAGUCCAAGAAGAACAGCAAGCAGAGGUGCCAGGAAGCUACUGAGGCAGAGAAUCUAGCUGCGAAAAUGGCUGCAACAUCUUCUACCCCCAAGAUCAUAGAGAAGGCAUAUCAAAAGGUCAAGCACUGUAAACAAACUGCGGCAGAAUCAGAGAGCCUUUACCUGGGCAACAUUGUGCAUUUGGAAAAUGUGCGGCAGGACUGGAUAGGGACACACCAGAGUACCUGCGAGGUUUUCCAACAACUGGAGUCUGACCGCAUCAGUUUCCUGAGAUGUGUGCUAUGGGACCACUGCAACCAUUUCUCAAUGCAGUGCGUCAAAGACGAUGAGAUUUACGAGGAUGUCAGGAAGGGUCUUGAGAAGUGUGAAAUCAGCACAGACAAUAACCUCUUCGUCCAGACGAAGAGCACCAGCAGUAGCCCGCCUGAACCUGUGAUGUUUAGGAACUACAGUGUUCUGCUGGAGGAGUCCCAGGGCAGCCCCAGCAACCUCAGCACUUUGGGGAGAGCAUCAGUCUCAGAGAGUCUUUCCAUAAUACACAGAGUGGGCUCUAACUCGUCUCUCACUGACGGAAAUCCUUAUUCAGAGUCAACGAGGAACUCUAGUGGCUCACUCAACUGUUCGAACACAUCUGGAUUCCAACAGACAAGUUCAAGAGCAUCGGUUGCCCUGAACGACAGCUACAGGGUGGCUUACGAAUACAUGGCACAGAACACAGAUGAGCUGACCCUGUUGAGGGGGGAGGUGGUGCAGCUGAUGGAGCAGGGGGACGACGGCUGGUGGACGGUGGAAAGGGACGGCGAGGUCGGACUGGUCCCUGGAAACUACCUGGCUCAGAUCUGAACUCGGUCCCUCUCACAUGCACACGCAUAGAAAUGCCCGCUUGCUCUUUGCCUCUCACACGUUUCUGUGUGUGUGUGUGUGUGUGUGUGUGUGUGUGUGUGUGUGUGUGUGUGUGUGUGUGUGUGUGUGUGUGUGUGUGUGUGUGUGUGUGUGUGUGUGUGUGUGUGUGUGCGUGUGUGUGUGUCAAUCAAUUAAUAUAUACAUACACUUUUUAUAUGUUUAUGUAGAUAAGAGAAAGAGAAACAAAAGUGGGGGGGACUUCCAGGUAUAGCUUAAUACAGCUAUGAGGCCAGCUAUGAUCAAAUGUGGACAACUCAUAUUCCUUGCAGAAGUGUGUUCUAUAAGUGUUUGUGCUGGAAGGGAUGAUUGGAUGGCAAAGCUACAAACCAAUAGAAAUGUGUUGCACUAUAGACCUGUGAAUAAAUUAACUGCCAGGGCUGGUUUGAACCAAAAAUGAUGGCAUCACCGCCCUUACGUCAUCUAUUUGCGGCAAAUUUCAGAAGUGCGUGGCAUGUUUUAAAUCACUGUGUGCUGUAACUUUUGUGUCCCAUCGCAAAAUUUUGCUCUUUUUUUAAAGAGUGAUCUUCACGGUCAAACAUGGUAGUUUAUUGAUUGUACGCUGGAGUGGAGAUUAUGUGGAGAGAGCAAGAACAUGAAGAGGAAAGUUAAAACAUCCAGUUUUUUUCUUUUGGAACAAGGUUAUCUUUUUUUAUUUAUCUUUUUAUUUUUAAGGUCUUGAAAACAUCCCAUUGUUUUUCUAACAAUAUCACUGGAUUGGUAUUUGGACAUUUCAGUAGCGAAAUGUCAAUCUCAGCUUAAAAUAGAAAAGGUGUUUAAGAAUUCCCAAUAGAUAAAUGCAAACAAAAAGGAAACAUUGAGGCAAAAGCCAACCAGAUUAAAUUAUAUAUAUAUAUAUAUAAAAAAUUGUGCCUACAUGAUACGCCCUCUACCCGGUGAGCCACCAACCGGAUUCAAUAAGAUACUUUUCUCAUGUGAUGUUUUUAUUUUUACAAGCGUGAGAAGUGGAUUCACAAGCACAUACUAGGCUACAAUGUCAUAUUAAUCUUACACAGAGCUGGGGAAUCGUUUAUUCAAGUCUCCAUUAUGCGCUCUAUAAAGCUGUGGAACGUAGGACCUUGGGAGAGCACACAUGUAGAGCUGGAGAACAUAGGACACAUAAUCAACUUUUUCAUGUUCCAUAUACAUUUGGGGGACAUAGGUCCCUGGAGUCAAGUCAAAAUUGUCCCUCGGCUAUUUAAAAAAAUAACAUAUAGACUAUAAAGUAACUUGCAUCAUUUUUGUUGACAUGAAAUUGUAAUUUUAGAAAGGAAUGUACUAUUUUUGGUGUAGAGAGCUAUAGACAGUUUGUGUCACAAGUAUAGCAUUGGCUCAGCUGGUUAAACUAUGAUACGUUACUUCGUACUAACUAAUGGAUCCAUGACCAGGAUAAAAUGUGUCAAAAUGGCGCUUUUACACUACAAUAUUAACAAGGGAGAGAAACCGCCUACAUGGGUUGAUGGGAACAAUGUUUUAUUACUCUUAUUUCAAGACAGCCAGGUAUUAAUUUGGGCACUGAUACUUAAUGAAUGUAUGGUAUAGCAGCAAAUUUUGUGCUUCAUCCAUAAACAAUGCAGAAAAAGAAAAUUAUUCAUUCCUACGUACCCUAGCCAUGGUGUUCCUUCCAGAUAAUACAUUUUCAAAACUAAUGUUGAUUGACAGGUCUAUGAGCUACACUCAAAUGCCAACACCCCCCUAUGGACUCCAUAGAUAAGACUAAUCUAAGAAGCAGACCCACUUUGUAAUACUCUCCUGCUAGAACGAUUGACAUAUCCUUUUCAAUUAAGUAUGUCAAUUGCUUUUUUGCUUAGUAUUCCUUUGUAGCAGAGAAGCCAAACCACUGUGUUGUGUUUAUAUGUUGUAUGACUCGCAACAGAACUAUGCAGCUUUCUCAACUGAAUAGUAGGCCUACCGUUUUGUUGUGCUGAAAAUAAACAUGCCUUUUUAACCUUU